CCAACAAAACACUGCGUGCACAAGGAAGGUGACAGAUCACAUUCAGUGAGAAAUGUUGGGUCAUGUAGGAUUUAGUGAGAAAUGGAAGGGAAUCUGCUUGAGGAGGGCAGUGGUGUUGGAGAAAUUGAUGGGACUGAAGGCCAGUAAAUCCACAGGCCCUGAUCAUCUACAUCCCACAGUACUGAAGGAAGUGACAGCAGAAGGAGUGUUUGCAAUGAUGGUUGUUUGGGGUAGUCUGUGAGAUGGAUUGGAAGAUGGCCAGUGUCACCAUACUAUUUGCAAAGGGAGAGAGCUGGGAAUUUUAUUCCAAUGAGUGUGCUGUCAGUUGUAGGGAGAAUGCAAUGUGUCUAACUGAGUUCAUCAGGAGGAGCCAGGUUUCUUCCAGCCUCUUCUCCCCUUCCCCAUCUCUGUCACGCCCCUCCAGCCCUCAUCCCCGUUACUGUAUGUUGACUGUGUGCUGCACUGGCCUCUACCGAUGUCUUUGUGCUUACAGCAUGUGUUUGUGAAGAGAGAAAGGCCUCAGACCGUGAUCAUGGAUCUGAUCCAGAGAACGAAGGAUGCUGUCCGCGAACUUGAUAACCUGCAGUACCGUAAGAUGAAGAAAAUCCUCUUCCAGGAGACGAGAAACGGCCCAGCCACUGACACACAGGAGGAUGAUGAGGAACUGGAUGCCUGUGUGGGUCGCACUGGGACGAUGAACAGUGUGGAAAGCAGUCACUCGGUGCCGAGCAUGUCGAUCAGUGCCAGCAGCCAGAGCAGCAGCGUCAACAGCCUGGCCGACGCCUCCGACGACAACAGCGAGAUCGCCAUGAUGCAGGAGGGUGAUCACACCGUCACCUCCAACAGCUCGGUCAUCCACCUGCGACCAGGUAACGAUGAUCUCUACGAUGACCCGUACUCGGGGGAAAUGGAAGCCCAGCCCCCGGCCCCCUCCUCUUCCUCCACAUCUUCAUCUUCGGCAGCAGCACGAAGGAGAGCUCAUUACCGAAACCGUGAGCACUUCGCAACCAUCCGCACCGCCUCGCUGGUGACGCGGCAGAUUCAAGAACAUGAGCAGGACUCCGCACUGAGGGAGCAGAUGAGCGGCUACAAGAGGAUGAGACGGCAGCACCAGAAACAGCUAAUGGCCCUGGAGAACAAGCUGAAAGCAGAAAUGGACGAGCACCAGCUGAGGCUCGACAAAGAGCUGGAGACACAGCGCAAUAACUUUGGCGCAGAGUGCGAGAAAGUCGGCAAGAGACAACAGAGCCUGCUGGAGAAAGAAGGAAAGGCGGCCGGAAUAGAGGAGAAAAAGUUCCAGCAGCACAUCCUGAGUCAACAGAAGAAGGAGUUGAGCAGCUUAUUGGAAGCACAGAAACGACAGUACAAACUCCGAAAGGAGCAGCUCAAGGAGGAGUUGCAGGAGAACCAGAGCACCCCGAAACGUGAGAGGCAGGAGUGGCUGCUGAGGCAGAAGGAGAACCUGCAACAUGCACAGGCCGAAGAAGAGGCGAACCUUCUGCGGAGGCAGAGACAUUACUUGGAAUUACAGUGCCGUCAGUACAGGCGCAAGGCCUUGCUGUCGCGACACAACCUGGAGCAGGACUUGCUGCGCGAGGAACUGAACAAAAAGCAGACGCAGAAGGAUUUAGAGUGUGCGAUGUUACUGAGACACCAUGAGUCAACGCAGGAGCAGGAGUUCCGACACCUGAGCACUGUUCAGCGAACGCGCACAGAACUGAUCCGACUGCAGCACCAGACUGAACUCAGUAAUCAACUGGAUUACAACAAGAGGAGGGAGCAGGAGCUGCGUCAGAAACAUGUGGCGGAGAUUCGACAGCAGCCAAAAUGCCUUAAAUCAAAGGAGUUGCAGAUUAAGAAGCAGUUCCAGGACACGUGUAAGAUUCAGACUCGACAGUAUAAAGCUUUGCGGAACCAUCUCCUUGAAACAACUGUGAAGAGUGAGCACAAGGCCGUGCUGAAACGACUGAAGGAUGAGCAAACUCGAAAGCUAGCCAUUCUGGCUGAGCAGUAUGACCACAGCAUCAAUGAGAUGCUGUCCACCCAGGCACUGCGUCUCGAUGAGACACAGGACUCCGAAUACCAGGUCCUGAGAGCACAGUUGCAGCAGGAGCUCGAGUUACUGAACGCUUACCAGAGCAAGAUCAAGAUGCAUACCGAGGCGCAGCAUGAGCGGGAGGCCAAGGAGCUGGAGCAGAGAGUGUCCAUUCGGCGGGCACUGUUAGAGCAGAGGAUCGAGGAGGAGAUGCUAACGUUACAGACCCAGCGGACAGAGCGUAUUCGGAGUUUACUGGAACGACAAGCACGGGAGAUGGAAGCUUUUGACUCGGAGAGUCUACGAUUGGGUUUCAGUAACAUGGCCCUGAGCAGCCUCCCCCCAGCUUCUGCCUUCACCCACUCGUACCAGGUCAGCCGAGGAGCCAACCGAGGGGCGGGAGGCAGAGAGGGAGCAACCGCAGCGUCUGGGUCAGGCCCAGGGCCCGGCUCGGGGACACCUCAGGCCUGGAGGCAGCAGCCGACGCUGGCUCCAGGCUCCUGGGCUCAUGCGGGCCCCGUCCCUGGGUCACGGGGGAGCAGCCUCGUUCUUCGCAGCAGCCCCCAGACCCUUCACCAAACGGCUUCAGGAGGACAGGCUGAGGCUGGGAUCGGCCGCAGUACCAGCGUCACUUCCCAAAUCUCCAACGGCUCCCAACUCUCCUACUCCUGACCCCCACCGUGAGCACAAACAUUCUUCCUCCCUCAGUCCUCCUACUCCAGCCCCGCAACUCCCCCCCCCACCUCUGGGUGGGCUGUGUCCUGUCUGGCUGCUGGUUUUUGUCUGGGUGAUGCUAUCACUGCUUUUCUCGAAGUGAAGAUAUGCUGUUUCUGUUCAUUGUGUCACUGUGGUGGUCUAUAAAAGAUUGGGACCUCGUUA